UACACCCUGACCUACGAACAUUCUAAUCUGGCUUUGGAUGAGAACAAAAUCUCAGCAAUGAAUCUUCAUUGUGCAUGCAGGAACACAACUUGCAUUUAGGAUCAUUUCUUGGUAGUGGCUGACCUUGAAUGCCAUGCACUAGCUGGUUGAUAAUAAAUUUGAAAAGCUCCACCAUUUCAAUGUAUUCUACAUUCAUACCUGCUGCACGCUCUGAAACUAGGGAGCAUGUAAUUGAUUUGGGGUCAGAGGUAUAUGUAGUUUUUCUUGCAUAUGAAGUAUGUUGCAAACUUCCCUAUCCAAAAAUGUUUGUCAUAUCCACAUAAGUAUCACUUUUAUUUUGUGGGUGUGUUGAACAAUGUGCUGUGCUUGGGUACACCUUUCCUUCAAGCCCGUUUGCAAAACUGCAUGCUUGUUGGAGACCUCAGAAUACUGCUGCUGGGUGAUGAGAAAGGGGAUGUAGCAGUGGUAGAGUUACUGUAUCAGCCACUCUGAUUGCCGAUGGGCAGCACAGAGGAGUUUGAGGAGGAGGAGAUGGUUGUGUUGGCGGAGCUGAACGGGCUGGUCGAUGACGACUUGCUGAAGACAGGCUGCACGUAUCAGUUUGUCGGGAUCGACAAGGAGCAGCCAGUGCUGCAGCUUGGUAAAUACACUUUCCUCGGCCGGUACGAGGACCAGAUCGGAUCCGCUCUCUUCCUUGUGGAAGACUCCGACGGCGAAGGUGGCAAGACGUGGUCCAAGCUGUGCUUUUCUGACAAGAAGCUGGCGAUGCAACGCGUGUUCCUGCGGAAAAAGCAGGCAGAAGAGGAGCAGGAUGCGACACCGGCCGGGCCCGCUGCAGCGGAGCCGCCGCUGGUCAGAACCAGCGCCGAGGUCGCCCCAGCAGAGUCCGCUCAGCGCGCCCUCAAGUCCUGUCUGCAGCCGGAUCCAAAGAGACCGCCAGCGAAGCAGAAGUCCAGCGCCGGUUUCGCUGUAGAGAAGCCGCCACGGGAGGAGUCCGUCGCCGAGUCUGCUCCGGCCGAGCCCGCUCCGGCCGAGCCCCGUCUGCCAAUGUCCCCACUCUCCCGGCUGUGA